AUGAAACCAACCCUUACAUUCGAUGAAUUUUUCAAUUACGUUCAUUUUCCAUCGGUCAGUAUUUCUCCAAAUGGUCGACAUUUACUAGUUCAUACGAUGCGACCAUUAUGGAAUUUGAACUCAUAUGAAAACAAUCUUUGGCUUUAUGAAACACCAAGACAUAAAAAAAAAUUGAUCACCAAAAAAUUAUCAGAAAAUUUCAAACCAAAAUGGUCACCAAGUGGAAAUUGGGUUGUAUUGUUAUUGAACGAGAAAACAAAUACAAAUACCAUGAAUAAAACUACAGACUUAAGUCAUUCAUCCAACAGUCACUCUCAAACAGAACAGUACAUGUAUCUAUAUUGUACCGUAUCAGAACGAUUGAUACCAAUUCCAAUCGGAUCAAAAGUACCAUCUGUUAUAACAUGGGCCAACAAUGAUUCAUCUCUUUAUUUUGCUACAAGUCGAUCAAAUUUAACAAAAGAAAAUGAUUAUAUAGAUGAUAUGGAAUGGAAAGAUGUCAUUCAAUAUCGAAAACGAAAAGCAACUGAUGAAAGUACGAUCUAUCAUGUGAGUAUUAAUCGAAAAAAUCGACAAACAUCUACAAAUCUAAAUAUUGUCCAAAAUGUUCCUUUUCAAAUUGGUGAACUCGUAUUUUCAUCAUGUGAACAGAAACUUAUUUUUACAUCAGUCAAAGGAAUCUUUGAAAAGAGGAAUGAUUUUGAAAUAUAUUCAAUCGAUCUUUGCAAUACAUCAUCACUAUCAAGAUUAACAACGAAUGAAGUGUUCGAAACAAAUUUAAAAUUGUCCAAUGAUGGUAAACAUGUUCUAUUUCGUACGUCGGGUCCAGAAUCGACCAAUAGUGCAAAUAUCAUUACUCAAGAAAGAUUAUAUUCGCUGGAUCUAACAAGUGGACAAACUCAACGUCUAGCAAAAGACUUUGAUGGUCGCAUUAUGGAAUACGUUAUACGACCUGAUGGUGGAGUUUAUAUACUUGGACAGUUAGGAACUAAUGUUCAAAUCUACACACAGCAAUCUUCGAAAAAAUAUACAGUUUUGCAUCGCGGAUGGAAUGGAACAUAUGAAUCGAUUUCGUCAUCAUCAAUAUCCUCUCACGGGAAGAGUGCGAUUGCUUUUGUUUAUUCAUCUUAUGGGCAACCCAAAGAAGUUUAUGUUAUUGACAACAUAAACCGACUUACAUCUGCUAAAUUAAUAACAAACGAAAAUAAAUUAUUUACUGAACGAAAUUUACCUAAAGUAAAAACUUAUCAAUGGACAAGCGAUGAAGAUGAUCGUACAAUCGAAGGACUUCUACAUUAUCCACCUGAAAAGUUCGAAUCAACAAAUUUGCCUCUUCUCGUACUUAUUCAUGGUGGUCCAUAUUCAGCAAAUAUCAAUCAAUUACAUGCCAGUGCAGGUUUGUGGGCACCAUUGGCAGCUACGCAAGGUUGGUUAGUAUUGGAACCAAACUACCGAGGAUCAACAGGAUAUGGUGAUCAGUUUCUUAAUGAAAUUCGUUAUCAACCUUUAACUCGACCAGGAAGAGAUAUUCUUUCUGGUGUCCAUCGUUUGAUUCAAGAUGGUAUUGUUGAUCGAAAUCGUUUAGCUGUAGGUGGUUACAGCUACGGUGGUUUUCUAACCAACUGGUUGAUAACACAAACGACAAGUUUCAAUGCUGCUCUCUCAGGUGCUGGACCAGUUGAAUAUGUUUCUACUUGGGGUAUUAUGGAUUUUCCUGUGCUUAUAGAUUAUUUGUUUGGUGGAUUUCCAUGGAAUGCAUCGGACACUUUUGAAAGGGAAUCUCUUAUUAAUCAACUGGAUAAAGUGUGUACGCCGACGCACAUUGUUACUGGAGCAGGUGACAUUCGAGUUCCUGCUAUUCAAAGUUUUAUAUUGGAACGUGGAUUACAUUAUCUUGGUGUACCUGUUCAAUUAUUAGUUUUUCCGAAUGAAGGACAUUCAUUACGAAACAAUCCAUGGCAUGGAAAAAUCAAAGUUCGAGAAGAACUUAAAUGGUUACAAAAAUAUGGUCAUAAAAGUUGUAUGGUAAAUGACAAUUAG